UCAAAUGUUAGACAGACUGAUUUCAAUUUCCACACCUGAAAAUGUUAACAAUCGUGUAUGCACACCUUAUUUUUAUCAUGUUUUGAAAAGCUGAGGGUAAAGCAAAUGUCUUGAAUGAACUGGAGGAGCUCCACAGCUGAGAAGACAGAGCGGAUCCUUUUGAGUCAGGAGUCAUCACCUGCGAAAUUGACUUGUGUCUUAACAUCAAAAUUGGUUGAUAAUUCACUCUUCUGCGGUGUCUGCAGACACCUGAAGGAGGCCCAGGUUGCCUGAGUGGCCAUGCCUCGUGGCAGUGGCAUGAAAGACACAGUUUGGAUUGGCAGUGACAUGGAGUAGAACCAGCACGAUGCCGGUGUUGUGCUUCACCCCAUCCCCGACCAGUGCUGGAGCCUCGGGCUUCCGCAGCUAUGGUCUUUCCUGAGGGCUGAGACGGGGACAAGGAAGAGUCACCUGGCGUGCUCGUUAAGCAUUCAGCUUUUGGCUUGCUUGGAGAAUCUCGUUCAGCUGGGCUCAGGCAUGUGUACGGUUCAUUAGCUCCCCAGGUGAUUCUUAUUAAGGAGGUUGUGCAGACACUGGGCUGGGUGGUCGUUUAUCAGGGGUAGUGUAAAAUUCCUUUUAAGCAGAACUCUGAUCCCAGUUAGUGCUUUGCAUACCUCAGAAUCUGCAGUGGUGCUCAUUAAGGCUCACGUGCCUACAUUCCGUCCUGCAGAUACUCUAAUUAUGCAGGUCUUAAAAAGGUCCCUUGUUGAUUUUAUGUAGGGACCGUUGGUAGAAAUGAAAUCCAUGAUGCUUCCCAAGUCUUAAGCUUGUGUGUGUAUGAAUCUUAUUCCUGUAGGACCGGAGUACUUCCCAGAAUGCUUAAACUUAAUAAAGGAUAAAAACUUGUAUAACGAAGCUCUGAAGUUAUAUCCACCAAACUCGCAGCAGUACAAGGACAUCAGCAUUGCUCACGGGGAACACCUGCUGCAGGAGCACCUCUGUGAGCCCGCGGGGCUCGUGUUUGCCCGCUGCGGUGCCCACGAGAAAGCUCUCAGCGCCUUUCUGGCUUGUGGCAGCUGGCAGCAAGCUCUCUGUGUGGCAGCCCAGCUUCACCUGACCAAAGACCAGCUGGCUGGCCUGGGCAGAACUCUGGCAGGGAAGCUAGUGGAGCAGAGGAAGCACAGUGAUGCAGCCACAGUUUUGGAACAGUACGCCCAGGAGACAACCUCUAGAAGUUUCCUCUUGAUAUCUGGAGCAUCUGAACAAAGCUGAUUCAAUGGAACCAACUAAAUAAUGGAGGCUUUUAGCUUCUUGCAUGAAUUUGCUUUGGGAAGAGG